CUGCCAGGUGUCGGCUGCAGCAUCAGCACCGCUCCUCCUCCUGUCCGCAGCAUCUCUCUCUCUUUCUCCUUGCCCUGCGAGUCACAGAGAGAGAGAGAGAGAGAGAGAAAGAGUGGAAAGACGCGCUUGUGUUUCGUUUUGCCACCAACUGCAUUUGAGCGACUUUUCUUAAACGACUCACACAAACCCCAAGAUUGAACAGACUUCCAUCUCCCCGAAGAGCCGUACAAAGAAAGCUCUUCUGACUCACAGUAAAUGCAAGUUAAGUGGCGAGUUGAAGUGAAAAAGGUUCCAUGAGAUGACAUUUUGCCCUUGGAAUAAUCAACUGAAGGGCCAUCAUCACACAGAUCCUGAAGAGGUGAAGAAACGCUGGUAACUCCAUAGAUGGCCUCAGCGCACUGCAGGUGUCUUUGAGCGCGCCAAAAGAAUCAGUCCGUCAUGAGCAUCCCAACUGGUUUACAGGGACUGAGGGUCAAUGUUGAAAGAGGAGAGAAGAUUGGGAGCAAAACACAGAUCCAGUUCCCCCAAUCAGGGGAUGAUAAUGCCAAUCGAUUAUCUUCGACAGAGGACACAGGUUACAGCACAAGCUCCAUCCCACCUUUGGUCUCGCAGAGCGAAUCCCCCAACAAGUUAGUGAUCUGGGGCUCUGAGCAGCAAUGUUUGGAGCCUGGGCUCAGAGAGUUUGAGCUUUUGAAGUGUCAGGAGAUACAUACAUUCUUGGGAAACAGGGACGAGGAGGAUGAGGAUGACGAUGGAGGAAGUAUGAGGGAUGGUAAAGAUGAGGGCCCCAUGUCCAUAUCCUCAAGCUCCACUGCCAGCUCUGCUUCGACCGGCGCGAGAAGAAAUUACAAUGACAACAACAAAUUGGAGAGCAGAAUACAGGGGGGCAGAGAGGUGCAGAAAAGGAUUGCCUGUCAUAGCACCGAAGAGCUAGACACAUGUGUGACAGGCAUACUAGAGAAAAGGGACACCAGGUCAGGCAGAGACAGGGAGAGACGGAAGGGAGGUCUGAAGGAGUCAAAGUCUGAGACAAAUGUGUUUGUCUCCAGUCUGUCAGCUGUUUCCUUCAGUGGGAGCCUGUCGAGUGCUCUGGAUAGUAGCGGAGAAGCGCAGUCUCUCGUCUCUCUGUCCAACUCUAAGACCAAUCCUUAUCCCAAUAUAAACCACACUACCUCAGCCCAGACCAGAAGAAGGGCAGGCCCUUUAGACGCCAACCAGAACUCCCCGCCAUCGCAUCCUCAGGAGAAACAAGGCCAUCCUCAAUACUACAGCCAGGAUCAGAGACAGGACGAGGGAAGCCAUCAUAGAAAAGGAUUGACCUAUGACGGGUUGCUGGGCCAAAGGAGGAAGGCAGGAUUUGAGGAAAGGGUGACGCCACCGCGGCGGCAACAGCUCGUCAGACCCCUCUGUCAGGCAGAAGUGGGAAGAGCGAGGUGCUUAGCAGAGACCAAUGCUCAUCAAGCUGAGACAGGGCAACCAUCUUCCCCCAACCCCUCUCCAGAUUCACACAGUAGUGGGUCAAACAGACAGUUUACGAAAUCGUCUUUACGGGAGCCAUCGGAUUUCUCCAACCUGUACAGCACAUCUGGAGGCUCUCAGCUCAGGCAGCCCAACCAGGCAGCCCAGAGGGAGGCUCCACCUGCAGAAAAACAGCCAGCCAUACCUGCAUGGCAUAAUUCAAGUCCUUCAAAUCCUUCCACGUUCGAGAAGAGACCCCAGACUCAGCUUACAUACAGAAGGUAUUGCUCUAGUCCCAACAGGACGGGGGUUGAUUCCAGGUCAUCUACCCCUCCCCACUCCCCUCUCAGGACACCACAGGGUUCACCACGCCGGCAGCCCUCCAUGUACCUCGUUUCCAGGAAUGUCCCUGGAGUGGUCAGACACAUCCCGUCAGGAUGCAACCCUGCUGUAACAACAUCAGCUCAGGGCUAUGGCAACAGUUGCAUGAGAGCACCAGUCAAAACCAAUACAAGCACAAGUGGAAUCCCCAAAGCGCCUCUUAGCAACCAGCAGAGCUCUAACCACAACUCCAGCCCUAAAGAGAGCUCCCCAUCACCUAAGCUUAAACCUAAAGGAGUUCGGCCCAAAAUCAUUACUUCCGUCCGGAAGAAUCCUCAGUUCAAGCCCCAGGCUGCUGAUGGACCUUAUCAGGUAUCCUCUCUACCGUCCAGGCUGUCAGCAUACACACACGGCCAAACAACCACUUCCUUUAAAGACACCGCUAAAGAUCCAUCCAAGCCCGACGCAGAAACCAGAGGAGCCCCAGUGCUCAGUGCCUCCAACCUGCUGUAUGACAAGUACCGCCAGGAGACGCAGACAAACCUCUUCCCAUCAGGAAUGUUGAGCAGGAGUAUCAAGCACCCUGGACAUACACACACCGUCCCCCCUGCACACACACACAGCCAUUCGGCACCCCCAACACUGGGCAGCAAAGCAGAGACCUUCUACGGGGCGCCAUCUGAGGUGGGAAGAUCUGCCAGUUUUAAAGUGAGUACAGCUGAGGACGCGUUGCAGUCGAGGGCGGUUACUCAGGCCGGAGGAAGCGGCAGCCUCCUGCGCUCUGGCAGAGGUCUGCGUCUGGGUCUGGGAGCUGUCAACAGGACGACUACGGGCUCAGCCAAGGGCAGAGGGCCCAGUCAAGGUCAGAGGUCAGCACUGGUCUUCAGCCAGCCAGUCCACCCGGUCAGCCCAGCGACCAGUCAGAAAAACAAAGAUAACACAGAUGACCAGGUUUUCGCCCAUCAUGCUCCUCCUCCUGCUGCUCCAGCGACCGCAGCACCACAGCCCCAGGCCAUGGCCUCCAGGUCCCCGCUUCCCAAAGCGAGCCAGUCAGGCCUGCGCCCCCCAGGCUUCAGCUCCAGCCGCCUCCCCGCGGGCCGCCUGGCAGCCUUCGGCUUCGUCAGGAGCUCCAGCGUCUCAUCCGCCUCCUCGGCCCAGUCUGCUGACAGCACACAGAGUGACCACUGCAGGACAGCCCACCGUCUGAGUGUGAGUGAGGAUCCUCCUCUUCACAGAGUGACCACCGGCCCUCCGUUGACUGAUCACCAGAGAGGGGCACCUUGUCGCAGCCACAGCCUCCAGCCGCCCUCUACUCCAGCUCUUCCCCGGCGCUACCUUCCUGCCCAGCCAAGAAGCUCUCCUGGAGUUGGCAGGAAGGAGUUUCAGCGGAGCUCAGAGGUCACACAUUCCCUCCUGUCCUCCCCAAAGAGGCUGGCGGUGGUUCCUCCCAAACCUCAGUCCCCGGUCCAGUCCGGGCAGCGGCCCGCAGCAGCGGUGCGAGGGUCAGCUCCCCUGGGGUCCCCUCGCCUCGUGGCCCCCCUGAGGCCACAGCAGGAACAGCAGGAGAGCCUGCAGAGGGAGAAAGAGGAGGCUCAACAGCAAGAGAGAGAGAGGCAAGCAGAGGAAAGAAAAAAAGAAGAGCUAAAGGAGGAGGUUCGGAGGCUGCAGGGACGCUGUGAGCAGCAGGAGAGGCAGCUGGGAGCUCUAAGAGAAGAGCUGAGGAAGACUUCCUUGGGUCUGGAAGCCUUUAUUAUCACCACUCAGCAUUACUGCCUCAAGAAUAAAACUACAAAGGAAAAUCAAAGGAAAUUGUUGUUGGAAAUGCAAAAGAUCAGAGAGGAAAUGGCAUUCAAUUCAGCGCGAUGGGAGAGACUCCAUCGGGAGAAGACGGCGCUGGAGGAGGCGUUUGAGCGAGAGCUGCAGGAGCUGCAGCAGCAGCAGGAGGCGGAGCUGGCUGCUGUGGAGGAUGUGCUCAGGAAGUGUCACUCGGCUGAGGCUGAACACCUGAAGGAGGAGCAUCGGUCAGAGAUGGAGGAGCUGAGGACUCAGCAACAGGAACAGAUGGAGGAGAUAACGGUCACCCACCGGGCAGCCUUUCAGGAGCUCAGAGACAUGCAUAACAUUACCAUGGCUACACUGCACGAGGAGCACGCCCGUACAAUGAGAGACUUAAGGAAAGCUCACGAGCAACAGAAGAUGCUCCUAGAGGAAGAUUUUGAGAAACUCAGGCUUUCUCUACAGGAUCAAGUGGAUACGCUCACAUUUCAAAACCAGAGUCUGAGGGACAAAGCCAAACGAUUUGAGGAGGCUUUGAGGAGGAGUACAGAUGAACAGAUAGUUGAUGCUUUGGCUCCAUACCAGCACAUUGAACAAGAUCUGAAGAGCUUGAAGGAGGUUGUGGAGAUGAAGAACCAGCAGAUACACCAUCAAGAGAAGAAGAUCUCCGAUCUGGAGAAAGUGGCCCAAAAGAACGUGUUCCUUGAGGAGAAGGUCCAGGUUCUGCAGCAGCAGAAUGAAGAUCUGAGGGCUCGUAUUGAUAAUAACCUAGUCCUGUCAAGGCAACUGUCCGAGGAGAACGCCAACCUCCACGAUUCAGUCGGGAAGGAGAGCACUGAGAAGAAGCGGCUGAGUCGUAACAACGAGGAGCUCCUGUGGCGACUCCAGACCAGCCCCCUCAUGUCCCCCGCCUCCUCCCCGCUGCACCGCUCCUUCUCCACCUCCCCCAUCCCCUCAACUCAAUUCUUCUCCUCCUCACCUGUAGCGGGGUGUGACUCCCCCACCCACUGCUACGGCUGUCCCCAGCAGGCUCAAUACUGCUCCCCGUCCCACAGAGCCGCCACCAAUCAAAACGUCUCCCCUGGACCAGGCACGCCAACUCACAGAGCAACAAGCAAUCAGAAUUACUCCCCUGGCCCGGCCACGCCCACACACAGAGUGACAGCCAACCGCUGUAACUCAGCCGCGUUUCUCAGCUCUUUCCAGAGAUAAGCUCACAUCUCUUGCUCUCUCUUUUUUAUUUUCUUAUCUGGCUCAUUCUCGUUUAUUUCCAUAAUUGUCCUCCGUUUUUGAAUGUGAACGCCAUUGAAAUACAUGUUGGAGAAAAAACGAGGACUAUAGUCUCAGGACAGUCAGUGUCAAAGCACGAAGGUUAAUCCUAAAGCCUCUACAGCUGGUGGUGUCCAUCAUGUGAAACAUAGCUUUGUACACAGCCUAAUAUUGUAAUGGCAAAUGAAUGCAGAUGACUGCAGCUGAGUUUUCUGUCCCCAACCCCAACUUGUAUAACGUAGACUGUACAUAAUGUAUGAUAGUGACACAGAUGUGUGUCGACAUGUAGUGAAAGCUCCCUGCAUAAGUAGUCAUGAGCCCCGCACAGACAGAAACAAUACAGAUGGAAAGUAGACUCUUUUCACCAGAACACAAUACUCUGGUGUGUUUAAAACACGUCCAUGUCCUCGAUAAAAUAAGCUAAAUACUCUCUUGUUAGGAUCAGUUUCUCAGAAUCAAUUAUUUUCUUUUUUUAUCUGAAAAAAAAUGCCCAAAAAAGCGCCUUAUACUAGUCCUGCCGUCUCACCAGCAGAGAACAACCAACAAUCUAUUUCAUGAAGGACUUAUACUGCAUAAAGAAUUGGUUUGCAAAUCAAGUGAAUCUUGAUGUAGUCAACAUUUUGUAAUAGUUGUACUCGUGUGGGACGACCCGACCUGGAACCCGAGCCGUUUUACCUGCAAAAUCCAGAGGACUUAAUGUUCAAACCUUUGCCAGGUCUUCCUCCAUGCAUCUCAACACAUGAUGAGCUACUCUUCACUUUUGGGAUCCCUCAGGUCAACUAUGUCUGCCAUUUUGAAUUUACCUCAGCGGGAAUGUGCAGUGUGUUGUGUCCGUGGCUCAACAGCAACAACAACAGAAACACACAGCUAGCAGGGAGCUCAAAGUUAAGGGGGAAACCUUACACAGGAAUCGCUCUUUUUAAAUGUUUUUGUGAAUUUCUUUUUUUUAACUGUGAUGUUGCUAUUUAUUUUAAUUUACAUGUAUUUUGCUACUUAAGCAAGCAUGUACUGUGGAAGUCUUCCAGUCUUAAUGUGAAACGUAUUAUCGCUGUGGUCUGUCUAUUUAUCAAGUUUGAGGUGGGAAGGUAAACGAACGGAGGAAUAUGUGACGUACCACAGGAGAGAGGAGAUAUUCUAACUUGUUGUCAUCACACAUAGGUGGUGUUCGGGGGACUGUGCUAGGAAAUGGUAUAUAAGCUACGUAGGUUAAACAAAAUACAGGUAAACCCUCGGUUUGCCUCUUUGUGCAAAGAUAAGUGUCAGCCUUUCUCAACCUCUUCAUAACCUCUUCUGAUGCUUCGGGUUUCUUUAUCUGAUCGACACUUUUAUCCUUCCAAUAUAAUGUUCAAAACUUUUGCAAGCUACACUUAAUUCUCAGUGUGCACGAAUAUAUCGUUCAGGGAAUUCUUUUCUAAAUUUAGAUUAGAAAUAUUUUUUCCUUUUUGUAUAGCUUCUCUACGGAACAUUCAACACUCAAGAUAUUUCCCGAGAUAAUUUUCCUCUUAUAUGUAAUACAGAAACCAACCUUUGGUAUAUAGAAAUGAGACUUAUUUUAUAGCAUACGGUUUGUCAUAGCUGCUUCCUGUACUGUACUCUGCUGACAAACUUACCCUCAGGGUCCUAUUCUUUCAUCUGGCUUUUUCAAUGAAACCUACGGUAUUACACGGUGUAGUCUCAGUGAUCUACCCGCACAUUAACGAAACAAAGCUGUUCGGACUACACAUGUAAAUGAGCUGCUGUAAAUAAACCAGUAUUGCCAGUGAAAAGGGAUGAGGGUAAGUCUGUGUUGUGCUGUUGGCAGUCGCAGCGGCAUUGCUAAUGGGAGCAUGGGGUUAGGGUUAGUCAGACGUUUCUUUGUUAAGUUACAGGUUAAGUAAAUGUAACGUUUUACCAGCAUGUAAAGGAUGACGUUUCUGGGUUGCUGGAUUUUCAGUACAGUAAUAGACUUUUAAGUAGAUCUUUAAUUGCCAUACCAGCACUUUUGAUGGCCGUGAUUAAGUAAAAAUCUUUUCAUGGAUCUUCAAGAUUUUUUGUAUGACACGUACACAGGGUUAAACGCUCUGAAACGACAGAAUGUUAAAUACAGCAUAGGAUUUGAGAAAUGCAUCUCAAUUCUCACUUAUUUUAUACCUACACUAAGGAUUUUUGAGAAUGUCUUUGCAUAACGAUCAAUUGUAAGAAUAUGCUAGUCAGAGUCACUGUGUUUUCGAAUGUUUUAGGGUUGCAGUUCACCUACUGUGCGUCAUUGAGUGACUCUUUAGGGUCCUCCUAAAGGUCACUUCAGGUGCAAAAGAAAACAAGUCUACAAGGAUGCAACAAAAACUAUUGUUUACAAAUGACAGCGUAGAGUCACAGAUUUCAUCUUAAAUUUGAUAUUUCACUUUUGAAUGGACUAUGAUCUCUAAACAACGAACUGGUACUGACCCUUCAAUGUGUCCUGUGGACAUCUGUGUCUCACUAUGCGCUGAAUGUCAAAAAUGUAAUGACUGCAUUUUAUACAAGUCAUUCAUGUGAUUUUGUCUGAAAUAGAAAGGCCUCUCGUCUGACCGCUAUGUAGCAGCCAUUUAAUAUGUAGCACUUGGUUGAGCCUCCCCACAAGAAACAUGUUUAUCUGAUCUAUUAGGGAUUGAAAUGGUCAUGUUCAUGUUUAAAUGCUGUUGUGGUGAAUGUCUCCUUCACCAGAAUUUGAAUUUGUGGAGGAAAGCUAUAUACGACUACCCCUUGCGGAUUUGGUCCAGAGACAAAGUUCACUGAAUAUGUUUCUUCUGGCACUGAUUGUAGGUUUGAAUGUAAAUACAUUUACAACAUGGGUUGUGUCUUAGUGCAUCAACAAAGUAAUAGAAGCAUGUUUUUCCUGUCUUUGCUGUUUCUCUCUCUCUCUCUCUUCUUUUAUCUCUCUGCAUUUGUGAUGGUCAAAUCGUAACCGUAGCGUAGGAGGCCUAGAGGACGAGGAACGAGAUAGUCCAACAUGUAAUGUAUACGAAGUAUGUUGAUGCUUUUAUUUGUACUUUUUGGGGAGAACACAGUAUUAAAAAAUAUACAAGAAAAAGUCAUGUCUGUGUUUCAUUUACUGACAAGUCUUGCUCUCCAUUCAAAAGAGUGGGUGUUUAUCUGCUACAUGUAUUCUGGCUUGUCCUAGUUAACAGAAUACUUUAGAUCAAAGUAAACUACCAUUUUUAGUAACCAACAUGUUCUAUGACAGUGACAAAAACAUAAACUAAUAUCGCAUACAUUAUAUAAGGGAUUCAAGAUUCGAGGCAACAAAAGCUGUUUGACUAAGAACAAAACUUCAACAAAUAGUUUUAAACAUGUUACAUUUAAUUCAGUAUCAAAAUAUGCAACUGAUCAACAUUACGUCAUCUGAUAUGAAUGAGAUAUAGUUUUAGCAACAUACAGUAUGUUGAAGAUAUGGAAACUAUGCUAAUCUACCUCACAUUGUUAGCAGGACUCGAUCACAGCUUGACUACAUGUAAACCAUAAAGGUGUUUCUAUGAUCAGUCUGAAGAAAUGUCAACUAUACAACAACAGCCUCAUCUCGCAUCCUGAGAGUUUAUUUUAGAAAUAUACCCUGAUCCCCUCCAAAUCAUGUUUAAUUUGACAGCGACUUUAGAGGAUGAAGAAACUGAGGUAUCACUU